AUGUCGUCAUCUACUGGCCAGGCGCCCUACGCUCCGGGAUAUGCCUCGUACAACUGGACUGGCGCCCCUGCAGAUUACUCCCUGACCACCAAUGCAGAACUGGGCGGUGAUUCACACAUCGAAAACUUGAACAAAUGGUAUCAGUCCGGUGACCAGGCCUACAUCAUCGUCGCCUCGGCCAUGGUCAUGGUCAUGGUGCCAGGCCUCGGCUUUCUCUACUCUGGCCUUGCACGCCGCAAGUCUGCCCUGAGCAUGAUCUGGGCCUGCAUGGGCUCAAUGUCUGUUGUUACUUUUCAGUGGUACUUUUGGGGUUAUUCCUUGGCCUUUUCGCCCACAGCGACCAAUGGCUUUAUUGGGAAUCUGCAUAGCUUUGGUUUGAUGAACACGCUUGGUGCACCCAGCCCGGGUUCACCACUCGUGCCAGAGCUGUUGUAUGCCUUUUACCAGAUGCAAUUCUGUGCCGUCACCGCUGCCAUCGUCAUGGGCGCCGUUGCCGAACGAGGCCGCCUACUACCCGCCAUGGUUUUCACCUUCCUCUGGGCUACAAUCGUCUACUGUCCGCUUGCCUGCUGGGCGUGGAACGUCAACGGCUGGGGCUACGCGUACGGCGUGAUGGAUUACGCCGGUGGUGGCCCCGUCGAAAUCGGCUCUGGCCUCUCCGCGCUCGCCUACUCCAUGGUCCUCGGUCGCCGCCAGGAACGAAUGAUGCUCAAUUUCCGUCCUCACAACGUGUCCCUCAUCCUGCUGGGAACGGUUUUCCUGUGGUUUGGCUGGCUCGGAUUCAACGGCGGUUCUUCUUUUGGCGCCAACCUGCGUGCCACCAUGGCGUGCUGGAACUCUAACAUUGCUGCUACUUUUGCUGCCAUUGCCUGGGUUCUUUUGGACUGGCGAUUGGCAAGGAAGUGGUCCAUGGUCGGCUGGUGCUCUGGCACUAUUUCUGGGCUGGUUGCUGCCACUCCUGCUUCGGGUUUUAUAACUCCAUGGGCAAGUGUCAUUCUGGGAAUAGUCACUGGAAUCGUGUGCAAUUAUGCCACCAAAGUCAAGUACUGGAUCAAAAUCGACGACUCUAUGGAUGUGUUUGCUGAACACGGCGUCGCCGGCAUUAUCGGUCUCCUUGCCAAUGCUCUGUUUGCCUCGGACGCAAUCAUUGGUUUGGACGGUGUCAAUAUUGGCAUGCCAGGUGGUUGGAUUACACACAACUACCGCCAGCUCUACAUUCAGGUUGCAUACAUCGUUGCCGCCUGUGGAUACGCCUUUGUCAUGUCGGCGAUCAUCGCCUACCUGAUCAACAUCACGCCUGGUCUCAAACUCCGCGCCUCUGAGGAAGCCGAGCUGCUCGGCAUGGACGACGACCAGCUCGGAGAGUUUGCUUAUGAUUACGUUGAAGUCCGAAGAGACUACCUCGCCUGGACCCCUCAAAAGGCCGCCCAACUCGCCGACGGCCACGAAAUCCCGCACGCCGACCGCUACGGCAUCGAGGCGCACAGCACCAUGCUCGAGGCCCCAACACCAGAAGCCAAGCGUAGCCAGGAGAUUAUCGAGGCCAAUAACUAUAACAACUACUCCUCCAGCAACGGUAUCCCGCCGGCACCACGACAAGCCGUAGCGGAGCAACAACAACACUCUCCUGACCAAGGUCCUCCUGUGGUCGAGAGCGAAAAAACCGAAUAG